AUGCCGGCAAUCACUCACAGCCUAGCAGCGACCGGCACCCCUCACUUGCCAAGCCCGCAACUCCUCCCACCAGAAAUCUUUCACAAUCUUGGCCAGUAUUCCCCUUGGUUCCCCGUCAACUCUUCCUCACCCCAAGAUAAGAUCCCCGACCACUGCGAGGUGACUUUCGUAAGCCAACUCGAAAGGCACGGCUCACGCUACCCGACAGGUGGAGCGUAUAAAGAGCUUCGAAAGACGCUUCGACAGAUCGCAAAGCAUCUCCAGCAUGUGUCCGACUCGAACAAGCACGACAAGCAAAACCAAGGAUUACAUCCGCAACUCCAAUGGCUGAGGAAGUGGGUAGAGACGAAAAAGACCGAGGAUGGUGGACUGAGGAAUAGGCUGGGUAACUCGGAGUUGACUCCGUAUGGUCAGUAUGAGGCGUUUGCGUCUGGAUGGCGCUUCUAUGAGCGAUACUCGCAUCUCUUUGAUGGCAAAGAGCAGAUUGAUGUUAAUGCAGACUAUGAUACCAAGUUGAGCUCCAACAGCUUGAUCGACUUGGUCUGCUCACCAUCAAAACCAGCAUCAAUGCCAGCCCUGACGCUCUUCUCCCACCUCCGCACACGCAUCUGCCAGUACCUCACGCCCGACUACAUUCCUCACAAGCACAGCGAGCACCCGAAAGGGCGACCAUUUGUCAGAUCCUCAGGCGCAGACCGAGUCAUCACUUCCUCCCGCUUCUUCCUCCAAGGUUUCUCCCAUUCUCCAUUCCACCACGCCUCACCCGAGUCCGCCCCAUGGCCACCCAAAAACCGCCCCUCAACCUUCAAAUCCCACAAACCCCACCGUCACAUUCCCUCCCUCCCCCAUCCCGACGUUAUCAUCCCCGAAGCGCGCAAAAACGACAAGCUCGGCCAGAUCGCUUCGAACAACACACUCGACGUCUACACCUGCCCCACUUUCGAACGUGAUUUCCGCGACAACGCACAGUCUCCUGCCUCGCUCAAAACCGCUGCUUUCGCACACAACGCUACUGCGCAUGUUCGGGAGAGGCUGGCGAGUAAGCUAGGUGUACGGAAGGGAGGUAGUAAGGAUAGGAGAGGGGAAAGGAUUCAUCUCGAGCCAAAACAGGUACUGCAACUGUUUGGCCUGUGUGCGUUUGAUACGGUUGCACGGCUGAAUCCAUAUGGAUUGCUGCUGGAGGAUAGGGAGAGGAACGAGGGGGUGGUGAGUCCGUUUUGCCGACUGUUUGAGGAGGAAGAGUUUGCGCAGAUCUACGAGGUGAGUACAAAUAUGGAGAAGGAUUAUGGCUUUGCAGGGCACAACCCCCUCCAUAAGGCCUUAGCAACCCCUUGGCUGCGAGAACUACUGGCGAGAUUGGAGGGGAGAAAGCCGGUGAUGGAUCCUCCGACAUCAAUCAAUACCACCCUCGAUCGGAACGAAGAAAAGUUCCCUCUACCGAAAGGUGAAGGUCCAAACGCUUUUGUUGACUUUACACACGAUAAUCAACUAGCUCCUGUCAUUGCAGCGCUAGGACUUUGGGAUGAGAAUCAUGAGUGGAGCACAGCAAAGACUACACCCUUUUCAGGGAGGUUGACGGUGGAGAAGCUAAGAUGUGGGGAGGACGACGAUUUUGUGAGGGUCCUGGUCAAUGAUCAGCCUGCACACGUUUAUAGCGGUGGCUGGUGUGGAGAUGGGAAGGCUCCAGCUGGGGACGUAAGUGAUAGUGUGUGCCCGAUUCAUUCUUUCUUAAAGCCGCUGGAAUGGGUUGAUCAAGCGGAGGAGUGGGACAAGUGCUAUUCGAAGGGACAUAAGAAGGAGAAAGAAGAUGUCUAG